GUGGGCGCUCGUACCCGACUCGCACAGGCACACACCGGACAGCGGGGCACAGCGGCUGCAGGCUCCAGCAACAGCUCCCCACGCACUCCUGCAUUCACCCGCCAGCAGGAUGGAGUCACAGCUGGAGAGUGCCAUGAUGACACUGAUCACCAUCUUCCACAAGUACUCGGGCAAGGAGGGCGACAAGUACAAGCUGAGCAAGAAGGAGCUGAAGGACCUGCUGCAGAGCGAGCUCAGCAGCUUCCUGGAGGUGCAGAAGGACGCAAGUGCCGUGGACAAGAUCAUGCAGGACCUGGAUGACGACGGGGAUGGAGAGGUGGAUUUCCAGGAGUACGUGGUACUGGUGGCUGCCCUCACCGUGGCCUGCAACACUUUCUUCUGGGACGACUCCUGAGCCCAGGGCCAGGCCCCGGAGCCCCGUGGAAGCCGCACUCGCUGCCCCAUCCCCUCAGCCCCCAGCUUCCCGGCUCAGAGCCAGCCUAGACCCCGCUACGCAGAGCCGUGCAUUAAAGCCUCCAACCAGC